CUAAUGAAGAAGCAGGCAGUGAAGCGGCACCACCACAAGCACAACCUGCGACACCGCUACGAAUUCCUGGAGACCCUGGGCAAGGGGACCUACGGGAAGGUUAAGAAGGCGCGGGAGAGCUCGGGGCGCCUGUGGUACGCGGGCGUCUCACUGUUGUGGCCUCUCCCGUUGCGGAGCACAGGCUCCGGACGCGCAGGCUCAGCGGCCAUGGCUCACGGGCCCAGCCGCUCCGCGGCAUGUGGGAUCCUCCCAGACCCGGGCACGAACCCGUGUCCCCUGCAUCGGCAGGCGGACUCUCAACGACUGCGCCACCAGGGAAGCCCAAAGAGCUCAUGGCAUUUUAUCUAUUGUCUGAUUUUUUUUUUUAACAGGAGAAAAACAAAUUUAAUUUCACAUGUACAGGAACCCCCCCCCAAAUAUGUGGCUCCCCAACAGUCUGGCAAUUGAGGCUUACAUGCCAUCCUGAGCUAAAGAGAAGGGGGUAGGGGUCUGGCACUUGAAAGGGGAGGAAGGCAAUUCACAGAAAGAUGGGAAGAGCAAAUGCUUGGUAGAUAAAUGUCUGCUGGGCCAUGCAGAUAAGUCUUCCUGAUGAAAAAAGUUAUCUCUGCUAAUAGCGCUCUCUCUGGUACAAGCCUCCUAUCUAAAUUCUUUAAUGCAGUUAAGGGAGGGAUAAAAAGCUCUUCUUGAGUCUGCUGAGCCUUCAUUGUCUUCGGCUCGAUAUCAUCCACAUGCCAAAGUGACAGUUUGGGGUAGCCUGCCCUGAGCCCCACCACCAAGUAAUGCAAUUACGUUUCAGUGCAGGCAUUUAUGUUCAUAUUUAUAAUCAUCAUAACCUUUAAAGUCUUGGCAAACAUGUUUAGUUGCCACUGGAUUGGUGUGUCCUCAUGUACAAAUGACAACUCUCUUUCAUUUGUACCUAGAGUUCAUUUUUUGCAGUUAUAAGACCAUACUUCUUUUCUGCAGUGAUAAUUCAUAACUGAAAAAUUAUUAGAACAUUAUCUGAUAUAUCAAGACAGUUGCAGCUCUGGAGUUUCUAUGUAGGAGAGACUUUAAUGGCUCUAGUGGGUUGGAAUUAGGAGCAACAAGAGUUGUCUUGAAGCUUCACUGUAUUGUCUGAUUUUUAAAACAAGGAAUUCAGAGAGAAAAGAACUAGUCCAUAAAAUCUCCCCUGCGGGGAGAGAAAAAGGGUAUGGAGAGGUGUUCAGGAACCAAGCUCCAGGCUGGUUGGAGGAGGAUUUAAGCCCCUUCCCCCAAUCCCCACCCCCUGGUCAAUUCUAAGCCAGGGAUUUUUCUGCUUAGCUCAUUGGGGUGGCUUGGAGCAGAAGGGGUGGGGGGCGCGAAGAGAGGGGCUUGGGCAGGAGACUCCAUGGUGACCGCCCCGCCUGCUGCCAUUGUCCUCCCUGCCCUGCUCUGGGAGGGCGAGAGAGCCGGGCCUCCCCUCUUUCAUGGAUGCAGCUCCAGGGGAGGAACGGGGUGGAGGGCACGCCAUCCCUGGCCCGUUGCCGGGGUGACCAGGCCCAGGGCAUUGUGAGCUGCUCCUCUUACAGGAUUACGGCUGUUCCGCAUUCUUGUCUGAGGGGGACAUAGGCCCGAGGCCCGCAGUCCGGAGCGGAGCCGGAAGCCUUUGUCUGCCUCCAGAGCCCUGUGAAAGGGGGAUUAGAGGCCCCGCCCCUUGGGCUCUGGGUUCCCUUUUUUCCGCCUCCUUUUGAACCUUGAGGGGAGGUGAACCCUCCUGGGAAAUGAACGAGGAUCUGUUUUCCUCAGCCUGUGCCUUGGGAUUUCUCAUAACUUGCCUGGCUCCUGUGAAGGGGAAGUCUUGUAUUUACCAUUUGUGUCCUUGGACAGAACUUGUCAGGAACUGACCAGCCCUGUGACACCCCACCCCAUACCCGCCCAGCACCUGAUGCCAGCAUUGUAGCCUCCGAGAGAGCCCCGGGACAUUUAUAUGGUCAUUUCUCAGAGUCAAAGCAGGAAAGCACCCCAGACAUCUUAGUCCAGCCUGUUUAUUGCACAGAAAACGAGGCUGGGAGAGGGCAUGGGCCUUGCCCCUGAGCACAGCAACGGAGCCUGGAGGGCCCAGGUCCCCUGACUCACCACGCGGUGUCUUCCCCACACACUGCAUGCACUGUUGGUACUCUGUCACCAUCGCUGCUUAGUGCGGUAGAACAGAGAAGGGGGCGAGAUGCCUCAGUCUCUAAGAGCUUUGCUUAAACUGCUUCUUGGCAGUUCAUUCUCCACUUCCUCUUGCCUCCCUCCACCCUUCCUGAACCCACCACAUGUACCAGCCAGAGAGUUUAAUCCUUAAAUGGCAUUUUCACCUUUAUGGACAAGAUAGCAAAGCCCAGACGACUCUGUUUAACUGUCUAGUUGUUUGUUUGCUGCUGGGGGAGAGACAUUACUUACCUAGACCAAAGAGACUAGCAUUUUUUUCAUAACUUUUUUGGGUGAUUUUUUGUGUGUGGUAAAACAUAUAUAACAUAAAAGGUUCCCUCCAGACUCUCUGCCGCCCGCCCCAGUGAAGGAUGGAGAGGCUUCUCUGGGUGCACGCUGUGGCCUUUGUAGCAGCUGUAGGCAGAUCACCAGGGUCAGGGCUCCCAGAGUGUCCUCAGGGACGCCUUUACCUGCCAGAACUUUCUCCUCACUUUCCUGCAUUCUCUGCUCCCAGGUGGCCAUCAAGUUGAUCCAGAAAGACAAAAUCAAAGAUGAGCAAGAUCUGAUGCACAUUCGGCGAGAGAUUGAGAUCAUGUCAUCACUCAACCACCCCCACGUCAUUGCCAUCCACGAAGUGUUUGAGAACAGCAGGAAGAUCGUGAUCGUCAUGGAGUACGCCAGCCGGGGCGACCUAUAUGACUACAUCAGUGAACGGCAGCGGCUCAGUGAGCGCGAAGCCCGGCAUUUCUUCCGGCAGAUUGUCUCCGCCGUGCAUUACUGCCACCAGAACAGGGUUGUCCACCGGGAUCUCAAGCUGGAGAACAUCCUCUUAGAUGCCAAUGGAAAUAUCAAGAUCGCUGACUUUGGCCUCUCCAACCUCUACCACCAAGGCAAGUUCCUGCAGACAUUCUGUGGGAGCCCCCUCUAUGCCUCGCCCGAAAUCGUCAACGGGAAGCCCUACACGGGCCCAGAGGUGGACAGCUGGUCCCUGGGUGUUCUCCUGUACAUCCUGGUGCAUGGCUCCAUGCCCUUUGAUGGGCAGGACCAUAAGACGCUGGUGAAACAGAUCAGCAAUGGGGCCUACCGGCAGCCGCCUAAACCCUCUGAUGCCUGUGGCCUGAUCCGGUGGCUAUUAAUGGUGAACCCUACCCGCCGGGCCACCCUGGAGGAUGUGGCCAGUCACUGGUGGGUCAACUGGGGCUAUGCCACCCGUGUCGGGGAGCAGGAAGCUCUGCAAGAGGGAAGGCACCCCGGCAGCGACUCUGGCCGGGCCUCCGUGGCUGACUGGCUCCGGCGGUCCUCCCGCCCCCUCCUGGAGAACGGGGCCAAGGUCUGCAGCUUCUUCAAGCAGCAUGCGCCUGGAGGCGGGAGUCUCGCCCCUGGCCUGGAGCGCCAGCAUUCGCUCAAGAAGUCCCGCAAAGAGAAUGACAUGGCCCAGACUCUCCAGGGGGACCCAGCUGCUGACACCUCCCCUCGCCCUGGCAAGGGCAACCUCAAGCUGCCGAAAAGCAUUCUCAAGAAGAAGGCAUCAACCUCCUCGGAAGGGGCAAGGGAAGGCCCUGAGCUUGGCCCCGUCCCUGCGAGCCCAGGACAGGCUGCCCCCCUGCUCCCCAAGAAGGGCAUCCUCAAGAAGUCUCGCCAGCGGGAAUCCGGCUACUACUCCUCUCCUGAACCCAGUGAGUCUGGGGAGCUCUUGGAUGCGGGGGACGUGUUUGUAAGUGGGGACGCCAUGGAGCACAUGCCCCCCCAAGCCUCAGGGCUGCGGCUCCAUCGCAAGGGCAUCCUCAAACACAACGGCAAGUUCUCCCACGCAGCCCUGGAGCUCACAAGCCACACCACUUUCGGUUCUUUGGAUGAACUGGCCUCACCUCACCCUCCAGCCCGGGCCAGCCGCCCCUCGGGGGCAGUGAGUGAGGACAGCAUCCUGUCCUCUGAGUCCUUUGACCAGCUGGACUUGCCCGAACGGCUCCCUGAGCCCCCACUGCGGGGCUGUGUGUCUGUGGACAACCUCAUGGGGCUUGAGGAGCCCCCCUCAGAGGGCCCUGGAAGCAGGGGCCUGAGGUGCUGGCGGCAGGACCCCCUGGGGGAUAGCUGCUUUUCCCUGAUGGACUGCCAGGAGGUGACAGAGGCCUACCAACAGGCACUGGGGGUCUGCUCAAAGCUCAGCUGAAGGUGGGGGGCAUUGCCCCAUCCCGGCUGGCUCUAAGAUGCAGCUGGCUGUACCCUGAGGGGAAACUGCCUUCUUCCCUGCCUCCCAGGACCAGCAUCCCAGCCCAGAAGGCUGAGAUGGUUUGCAGUUGAGCCCUGGGGAGGGCUGGAUGUGGGAAGUGGGCAAGUGAAGUGCACUGAGGGUUCAAUGUCUUCAGCCGCAUGGAACCAAGAAGGUAGUAGAAGGGAAAUGAGUAGAGAAGUAGAGAGGAAGGCCCAAGGCUGAGUCCAGGUUGCCUGUUUCUUGUACACAUAGCAGGGCCAUAGAGAGCUGGAAAGAGCGCUCUCAGCGCCCAGCUCCUAUAAAGAGUAAGUUUUGCGCAUGGUGCCUUCCUGCCAAGGUGGGGAUGGAAACUCUUUAUUCACAUACACAUUCCCAUCUCCACCAACCACUCAGACUGGAGUGUGGCACCCCCUAAUGUGCCUGGGGUGUCCUGGGAAUGGUCUUCUAGAGUGUGCCCUUCCUUAUUUAUCUGAGCGGUAAGAGAACCCAGCCUCUGUUUCCUCAAAGGUUCUCUCCCCUUUCGCAUCCUCCAAACCUGGCCCAAGCCUCCUGGAGUCGCUGCUGUGAAUCUAAAAGACUUGAAAAGGCUCAGGCUGCUACUGGACGUCAUCUCAAGGGGCCCAGAUUCCCCUGGACCCCACCUUGGACCUCAAAGACUCUGAACUUCUCUAGCCUCCAAGCUGCUCCUGCUACUGAGAAUGGAUGUAUCUGUUUCUCUGGGCUUUCAGGGCCUAGAAUGUUCUUAUUUAUUUUUAUGUUUUCAGCUCUGCAUUUUUAAAAUAGUGAAUCUUACUGUUUUCAAUAAUGUGAAUACUAUGUUCUGGGGAAAUGCACUAUGACAUCUAAGUUUUGUGUACAGGGAGAUAUUUUCGCAAUGAUUCCCUACUGAUCAAGGGGAAGCCGGGGGCCUUUUAUAAAUCUACAUGUCCCAUCGCACUAUCUGUAAGGGGUCUCUGGCUCCCUCCAUCCACGCGCUGAUUCCAUCUACCUGAUGGUCCCCUCUUCCCUUCUGUGGUGGCUAGAAAGAGCCACCCCAUUAAAAACCAGGAAGAUGAUUGGAAAAUAGCUCCUGUGGUUCUGUUUGGGGAAGUGGGGCACAGCAGGUCUUCGAGUUUUCUCU